UACACUUUUGCACACUCAUACAGGUGUACCGGGAAGGUCCUUUCGCUGAUGCGUGUUGGCGUGUGUGUGCGUGUUAGUGAAUAGUGAUUGCACACUAUUUGGGAGUGAAAAGCAGCAGUAGCGUACACUAUCGAGCGUAAGGACAUGUAAAUAGCAUGUUUUGAAUGCACCCUUUUUUCACUUCCUUCCCACUCCGCAUGGCACACAUGGAACAGUAGCUGCCCCUAGCUUCAUGCGCUAGGACAUUGUAGGGAUGUGAUUGUUUGAUGCACCAAAUAGGAAGAGCAUGCAGUGGUAUUACAAACUUUUGGCCCGCCGUCCCCAGUUAGUGCUGGUGGCCGUGGGUACCUUCUCCGUGGCCUGCAUCGUUGUCGCACUGUUCACACGAAAGCUGCCCGAUUUCGAUGAUCCAACACUGGGAUUCGAAGCACGCGGCACUUCAAUUGGCAAGCGGUGGACGGCAUGGCGAAAUCUGCUGGAAGAAACAAGUUCAGCCGGACGUUUGGUGGCCAAUCCUAAAGAGUUAACGCUCGGUACGAACAAUCUCUUACACAGACCCAUCAAAGGGGAUGGCAGUUAUCCCAAACGGCGGAAGAAUAAAUCGAAAAAGAAAACGUUAAAUACUGUCGACGGAGAAACAUCGGCCAAAAAACAGACAAAGUAUAGCAAAAAUAUACGCAUACUGAAGGAGCUGUAUCAUAAUCAAAGUGCGACCAAUGGGGAAAUUAUUAGCUUUGAAGAAUAUGACAACGAAACGAUGCCCCAUCGGAGUGGCAGGCAAGAAGUUUGGGAGUACGGUCGUAACCAAUCGUACUACACGGAAGAGGUUGGCAAUAAAACGAUGGAAAAGAAACGGGCAAAGUGGGAUACGUUACGGAAGCUAAAACCACCGCCAGAACCGAUUGAAACGCACAUACCGUCCGAUGGAUUCUUCUGUGAGUCACCCAACAAAGAAUACGCUCACCUGGUGGUGCAACGAAUCAAUCACAACCUGAACGAAAGUAUGUUCGAGCUGAAUGCUUUUCUGGCGCUGUGUGAACUUGAGCAGAAAGUGGUAAAAGUAGAGCACUAUGGUGACAUUUGCCAGCGGGAACUUACAUCGGACGAUUGUUGCCGGCCUUGGUCCAUCGUAAACUAUGUUACGUUUCUGUCGAACAAAUCGUCCUGCUUCGAACUGAAUGAGGAAGAUGUGGCUAUGGUAAAGACGCUGCUGUAUGAUUGCUUUCAGUAUUAUCACAACAUGAAGCUGAGCAACGACUGUAUAGGUUCGCGGUGUAUUGCACCGAGCGAAUGCAAGCAGCAUAAUGCGGUGUACAAUAUACUGCACUAUUUAAUGAAUGUGGAUUUCAUUCGACAAAAUGAGUCAGCUGAAUUUCUCAACGCCACAAUGAUAUUUCUUCCGAUUGCAAGAAGCAUAAAAUCGAUGCAGUUUUAUCAUAGCUUAAGUCAAGUUAAUCUUGCCAACGAUCUCGUAUCGGUUGUUGCAAUGGAUAUGGGCUUGAAGAACGCACUGUUCGAUGAAUGUCUGCUACGCGAUGGUUGGCUGAUCGGACUCGGUGGCAUAUUCGUCGUGUUCUGCAUGUGGCUAUAUACGGGUUCACUGUUUGUCACGCUUAUGACGGUAGUAGCGGUUGCAUUUUCUCUAGGAAUUGCCUAUUUUAUCUAUUCCUUCAUAUUCGAGCUUACCUUCUUCCCGUUCAUGAACCUGCUCGCUGUUAUUGUGGUUGUAGGCAUUGGAGCAGACGAUGCUUUUAUCUUUUUGAAAAUAUGGCAAUGCACCAUUGCUGAUCGUGUGAAAUGUGGCGGUGGUAUCGUCAUACCAAUCGUACCGUCAACAUCGUCCUGCAAUUCGGAGGGAAGCGGAACGGCGGGGACUCGCGGCGCAUCCGAUACGUUGGUGGAAAUCAUGGGCAGCACACUGCGACAUGCGGCCUUAUCGAUGCUGGUUACGUCUCUAACAACGGCUGCCGCAUUCUACGCCUCCUAUGUUAGCUCAAUAACGGCGGUUCGGUGCUUUGGUAUAUUUUCCGGUACGGCCGUAAUGGCGAAUUAUUUCCUAAUGGUCACCUGGCUCCCGGCCGCUGUAUCGAUCGCCGAGCGAAUAUCUUGCCUGAUGCUGCUGAAACCAUUCGCUCGUGUAACGCAUCGCUGCACGAUCCCAUUUAUUUCGAUUGCACACAUUAGCAGACGCGUUGAAGAUGCUGUAAUAGACUUAAUUAUUAACCUGCCCUGGCUGUGGAUCACAUUACUUGGAACGAUCGGUAUUAUGAGCGGCAUAUUGGUAUUACACUGGCCCAAGCUGAGGUUACCGGACUCGCCCGACUUUAAGCUAUUUAUCAGUAAUCAUCCAUUCGAGCGGUACGACAGUGAGUACAAGGAUAUGUUUUGGUUCGAGAAAAUGUACACAACGACGGAAACAUUCAAAAUUCCGCUGCGCUUCGUUUGGGGUGUAUUGCCGGUCGACCGUGGCAACUUUCUCGAUCCGGAGCAACGCGGUGAUCUGUACUUUGACGAUUCGUUCAAUAUGAGCGCACCGGAAUCGCAACAGUGGUUGCUACAGUUUUGUCGACGCAUUAAAAACCAAACCUUCUACCAGACGAGCUACGGACUAUUGUUGCCGAACUGUUUUAUCGAGAACUUCAUUAGUUGGAUGGCCCGCCGGUGUAACGAUUCCAUGGGUGAGAUUGAUCGGACGCCUUGCUGUGAAAUUUCACCCUUUCCGUUCACACCCGACAUAUUCGACCAGUGUUUGCCGGAGUCGAUAUCUUCACUGUACGAGACACCGCGCGAGUUUUUCAUUCCGGGCGUUGCAGGACCCAAAUUUGACCGUAGUUCAUUUGUGGUUAGUGGGCAACAGCAGGGAACGGUACCGAUUACCAGGUCGCCGCAUCCUAACGAUAAGAUCGUAAAAGCGGUCGUGAUCGAGUAUGAAAGUACGCAAAUUUUCACAAUGUCCUAUCACGAGAUCGAGUCGUUCGUGCGCACGGUCGAACGUUGGCUCGCCGAACAGCUGCACGAUGCACCGGCCACGAUGGCUAAUGCGUGGUUUAUCAGCGAGUUGGAGUUUUUCGAUCUACAGGACACGCUCUCGACCGGCACGAUGGUGGCGAUCGCGAUGGCGAUGGCCGUCGCAUUGCUCGUGCUGAUGCUCGUAACGCUAAACGUGCUGAUCAGCCUGUACGCGAUCGUAACCGUAACGCUCACCAUACUCACCACGGUUGCGAUGCUUGUGCUGCUGGGCUGGAAGCUGAACGUGCUGGAAAGCGUGGCUGUUAGUACGGCGAUUGGGUUGGCGGUUGAUUUUAGCCUACACUACGGUGUCCACUACCGACUCUCGACCGAACCGGACCGACGAUCGUCGACACGCUUCUCCCUGCAGCGAAUGCUCGGACCAACGGCAAUGGCUGCCAUCACGACCGGUAUUGCCGGGGCGCUGAUGUUACCCUCGAGCGUGCUGGCUUACAUACAGAUUGGAGUGUUCCUAGUGAUCGUCAUGUCCAUCAGUUGGGUGUAUGCGACCUUUUUUCUUAUGAGCUUGUUGCGCCUGAUUGGGCCGCAGUAUGGUUUCGGUCAAUUUCGCUAUCCCAAACUGCGGACCGGUUUGCGCAGCGGUGAUGGGUGCAAGGUGACCACUCAACUGGAAGCUGGCGGAUCGUCGAGAUUGGGACACCACCAUCAUCACUUCCACGCGUCACACCAUCAUCAGGGUGUUGUGUCGGAACAGCUGCUAUCUAAUUCGAGCUCGGCGGCCGGUGAUUUGGUCGGGUCCGAAUCGCACGAGCUGGAUUCGCUGACGUCCAACUCGGUCAUCAAACCGAUCAGCCUGGACAUUGCGCGACCGAUCAACUUUGACCGGGCAUUCAAGAAAAAGUAUUCACUGCCCCGUGAGCAGAGUCCUUCCACGGCUAGCGCCAUUACGAUGGUGUUGCCGGACGAUAUCGAUACGAAAGGCGCUCACCACAGUGCACAACAGUAAGCGGAAGGGGUGAGUGAAUGUUUCCGAACAUGAUGUGAUGGUGGUAAAAGAAUGAAUAUCAUACGCUGUCGUCCACGUGUUAUCCCGUAGCGUUGCGCAAAUUUGUAUGUACUUAGAACCGAUGUGUUAGAGUUUUAAAUAGGGUUUUACCUGUAGUAGGAAUCACUUUCUAUAGGCGCGAUAUGGAAUGCGCGUGCAGUAGGUAAUGUGUUUUGUUUCUCCUAUCCCCGUUUUCAUUGAGCUUCCACAAACAAUCAUUAUUUGACCGGUGCCAAACACAGCGUGUAUGGCGCGGUAGGUUUAAAUAUAGCGAAAUUUGAUAACUUUAGGGUCGUUCAAGUCCAUAAACGACUACCCCGAAUUAUGGCACACAGACGCAGACCCAACCAUAGAUGAAUGUUUUUUCAAAUGCUGUUGUUCGAAUUUAGUCUUUGGAGGCUGUCUUUUGGCAGUUAGUGGCAAACCAAAACAAAAAUAUAUAUAUAUAUCUGUCAUCUUUGUUGGAGAACCGUUGCCAAACCACAACUGAUCUCACGUGAAUGGUAUAGAGAGGUCUGUUAGGAGCAAAAAGUUAAGUCCAAAACGGUUAGAGCAGUUUAGCGAGGAGCCUGCAGUAACUCUGUUUCAUCAAUGCAAUGCAAAAAUGCAUUAGGAAAUGGAAGCGCAAUCUUUAAAAGCCAUCCCUGGUACGGAAGCAACUUUAUCCAGCAUUAUCUAGCAACUUCCGGACGAGAUAUCGCUGUUUAUUGCCCAGGGUCAAUUCAAAAGCAGAAAUCGGAAAACUGGCGAUUACAAAUAGAGGAUACACAUAUGUAUGUUG